UGUAGCAGCAGGCACCGUCUCCAGACAUUCGGAGUGCCCGCACUUUGUUCGGACAUUUACGGUUCCCCGUCGCAGCGGAUCUAGGCACCCCACGCCUUUUGCAGGUUUGCGCCCUUUGCUUGGCGGAAACUCCGUCUCUUCCAACAAACACUACUCCGCUGCGUGUACGUGGCGGCGCGAUUGCCCUUGCUGGCUUUUCCACGAGCUCGAACGGUGGAAUUCCCUGCUCACCACGGGCUGCUUCGAGCUGCUUGCGCACAAGUGUUACGAGUUGGAGCUCGUGGGAUUCAGAUGUUCCCUCUUCGAUAAGCCGAGUGACUACGAAGUCUUUCGGACUGCGCUACUCAUCGUCGUACUGCUCCAGCGGCACAGUUGCGUGACGCGCGUUCUUCUCGACGUGACAGAAGCAAAGCUAGAGCGCGGAUUGUUCUGGCACGCCAUGGCUCAACGCGCUGAUGACGUAAUCUUCCUCGACUUCAGGGCCGACAUCUACAACGGCGAAGGCCCCGCACAGAAUCAUAUUGCAUGGGCUUCCCCGGUUUCUAUCAUGUGGAGACUUGUGUCCUUGAAGCUCAGCCGCGUACUUUUCAACCAAGCAGUCUCCUCCGCACUGGCCGGGUUCAUGAAGACUACUGCACUGGUCAGUCUGUCGUUGACUGACAUAACGGCCGAGGCGGCAGAAGUCUCCCACUUCCUCAUACACUUCGCUCACAACACGUCGAUCAAGAAACUCUGCCUGCCUGCGGCCUUCUUAAGUGCUCAAAGCGGCGAACUCCUCGCGGAUGCCGUUCGCAACCACGAAGCCCUCGAAGAACUUGAGGUUCGCGGGUCGGGACUGACUUCCCCGUCGGCCCUGCUGAGAGGAGCAGUGCAGAGUAAAAGUCUGAGGUGCCUGAAUGUCUACUUCUGCCAGGCCAGCGUGGCAGACAUCAAUGAGCUGGCCAUUGCCCUAACUCGACGACCGCUUUCUCCGUCAAGUUUCGAGGGCACGUCGUCAGAACCAGUAAAACCGACUAGCCGCCUGCAAAGGCUGGGAUUCUUCCACUUCGCCGAGUGCGACGCUGAUUUGGAACGUGCCUACGCCUCCCUCAUCGGAGGUGUGCUACUCAAUCUCACGUUGUUCAAUUGCCAUCUGACCAACACAUUCGGCAUGGCUGCGGCCCUGAAACUCGAAAAAGAUGGCCGCCUGCUGAAGCUCAACGUGGUAAAGAACCUUAUCAAGCUUGACGGGAUCCUGAGAAUGGUCGGGGCCAUGGAGGUUAACCAUUCCCUGGAAACGCUCAUGGUCACCAUACGAAGGAUGCAGCCCCCGCAUAAACUCGUCCACCUCUUCGCCCUCAUCACGGCUCUUGGCGUCUCCGCUCGCCUCCAGUUCCACUGGGAAGAACCCCGCGGGCGCUAUUUGGCGCACGGUGUCCCAUUGUGUCACCUCUGCACCUGCGAGUUCGCUCUGGAUAUGCGGAGCCGCAUCGACGUCAGGGCCCUCAUGCAUACUCUAUCAAACAGUCGCAACAUCCGGAUUGCCAGCAUACAGUUCACUUUUACCGUACCAGAAAUUCUGGUUGCACCUAUCGUCGACGCAGUCCGCUCGGCCAGGUACCUCAGGCACUUGACGCUGAACGCUUACGUAAGAGUGCCCGAAAUGCUCCAGCUGCUUGAGGCACUCAAAAGCAAUCGCACCAUCGGAAUUUUGGAACUCCCAAAGCACAAGUUCGACGAAGCGGUCGUCGCAGCAAUGGGCCAACUGGUCGUACACAACCGGACGAUUUACACCCUCACCAUUAUCCUUGAGGAUCUCGACAAGAAGCGCCAAGUGAAGAAAUUCCGCAGCGUAAUGAACGACGCCGUUCCUCUCAACCCCUUCCUCAUAGCCUUGAAUCUGAUGCUCUGCAACGUCAACGAGGAAACAUCCUUCGAAGUAAGGCAGGCUCUUCGUCGUAACAUGAUGACCGUCCACGAGGCCAUCCGCUUCGUCAGUGGCUCCAGUGAACUCAGCCACGUCCUUGCCUUCGAAGAUCUGAAACACACGUACUCCGUAGAGCACGUGCUGUCCCAUAACUACGGCCUCGAAGACGCAACUGCGGCCGAGAAGGUUACCGAGGCCCGUAGUCGGCUUGCUACUGAGUUCUUCGUACUGGCCGGCAUCGUCAGGUCGAGAGUAACCUGCUACAGAGAGCGUGCACGUCGGCCCAAGUUGAGCGAGCUUUUCGUGAACAUUCUCGCGGACAUUUGCAGUCGCAUCCGCAUCAAUGACGUGAGGCGCCACUAAAGCUCCAGACUUGGACGCUCUCCCCUGGCACUUCACUCCGUUAGCCCAUUCAUAUGCACGAAUUAGGACCAUUCAAGCAUUACAGUACACCACGUUCAAGCAUCGCAUGAACUGAAUCUUCAGCUUGCGUUUUCACGACAUAUGUUCUCCCUUGGCGUAAAGCCUCCUCGUCUCCAAGUACUUCUGUUUUGGAGAGCAGUUCUUCAUUUACCGACAUUUUUGUCGCCCUUUAAACCAUUCCAUAACGACUGCAAGGUAAAGGACGAAAGUGCAGUUUACGUCUUCCACGCGUGCUCUUGAAGAGCUAAUUUCCUUCUUCUGGUGCAUAAGAAUUUGUAAGCACCUCUUCGCCGUCAUAACGCGCCUAUGAGAGCCAUGUUACUUUCAUAAUACUGCACUUAAUGUGUCGUAACACUCGUUUUAGGCGUCGAUGUGUAGCCUUGUUUUUGUCGGCGUCAUAAGUUUUGCAUUUUUGUGAGGUUAUCGUUCAUGAUCCUAACUGAUGCAGUCCGUCACGGUAAACUAUGUUGUUCGGCUGUUAAAUGUACUAGCGUUAACGCACCAUUCUUUUCCGAUACUUGUUUUAUUCUCCCUAAUCAAACCUAGGAAUUCUCGUAAUUUGGAUGCAACUUGUACUUGCUGCUCUAAUAAAAGUGAAGUGCAAGUA